AUGAGUCAAAAAGCAGCAUCAUCGACAGUCCCAAUCACAGUGACGGAGAUUGAGGAGAUCGCCAAAACCAGAUUGCCGAAGAAUGUCUACGACUACUAUGCAUGCGGUGCGGAUGAACAGAAGGCGCUGGCCAGAAAUUCUUACAUGUUUGACAGACUUCUGAUUACACCACGCGUCAUGAUUGACGUCUCAAAGAUAGACACAAGCACUACACUCUUUGGCAAGCGCCAUCCUUUCCCGGUAGCCUUCGCUCCAAGCGCUAUGCAAAAGCUCUGCCAUCCCAGAGGUGAGCUCGAAGCCGCCGAAGCUGCAGCAAGCACUGGUCUGUCCAUGACACUCUCUUCCCAAUCUACGACCAGUCUUGAAGAUGUGGCAAAUGCAUGCAACAUUUCCAAUCCCGAUGGCCCCGAUUUCUGGUUCCAGCUUUAUCUCACUCAGGAUCCCGAGUAUAGUCUCAAGUUGAUCAAGCGUGCCGAGAAGGCUGGUUAUAAAGCUCUCGCACUGACUGUGGACACUCCAAUCCUCGGCAAUCGCAUCAACGAGAGAAAGACCCCUCUUGUUCUCCCUGAAGGCAUGCAUUUGGGAAACUAUGCACGUCCUAAGGAGGGCAUCAAAGGACCAGCCACCGAGCGUGUCUACCUGAAUGCUCACACAGUCGACGAGGCAAAUGAGAUCAUCAAGAAAGCAGGACCCACCAUGCACAGUUCGAGCCUCACCUGGCAACACACCAUUCCCUGGCUUCGAAAGGCGACCUCCAUGAAGGUCAUCCUCAAGGGUAUCAUGACUGCAGAGGAUGCAAAGCUAGCAGUCGAGCACGGUGCAGACGCCAUUGUCGUCUCGAACCAUGGUGGCAGACAAUUGGACUUGGUCCCAGCUACGAUCGAGGUUCUUCCUGCCAUCGCUGAUGCCGUGGCUGGACGUAUCCCUGUCAUUUUCGACGGAGGUAUCAGGCGUGGAAGCGAUGUGUUCAAGGCAAUCGCACUGGGCGCCGACCUUGUGCUCAUUGGCCGUCCUGUCCUUUGGGGCUUGAGCUACGAUGGAAAGAAGGGAGUCGAGGCCGUGACUAACAUCCUCGAAAGAGAGCUUUCGCGCACAAUGACUCUGGCCGGCGUCAGGACUAUCAAGGAGAUUACAAAGGACAGUUUGGGUAUCGUAAAGAAGGACGGGUUUGGAAUCUCCAAGCUUUGA